AUGUCAUCACCAGUGGUUCGACGGUGUCAUGCCUCUCCCUCUUCCGUGAAAAUUCACUUCACCGAAAUGAAGGCCAACCGACUUUUUGUGGCCCUCACCAUCCCAUAUGCUGCACUCGCAGCCAUAAACUGGGACAUAUACGAAUACGGCGUAGUGGACACCUUCAAAUGGUCUCGCCCAUUUCCCGACGACGGCACCGACCCGGGCGGUUUUGACGUGAACUGUCGAGCCGAGGGCACCUUUCAUGCCAAAACGUACAAACUCAGCGAUCUCCCGGCAGAACCGCCGGGGGGAUUGUCUCCGUGGCAUGAUGCAAUUGAGGACUUCCUCGGUCGUCGGUCUUACAUGGGCAGCUGGGAUGGGGUUGACCACAAGGGACACGACCGUGAGAUUGUGGUGAUGGAGUAUGCUGAUGUGCCGGGACCGGUGAGAGAUUGGAUAGAGGACCAGCAGCGAGAUACCAGCGAGACGAACGAUAGCAAGUGGAUGUUUGCUGUGUUCAGGAAACCGGAGAAUGAGACUGAUAAACCCGCCCCGACGGGAGAGGCAGCGGAUGCUCAUAAGGCCCCGCCGAUUCCCGCCAAGGACAAGAUCGUGGUGUUUCCAGCUGGUGCGGUAUACGAAAUACUGCCUCUCUGGGUUUCGAAAGGCAGCAAAUGCGAGCGCGAACUGAACAAUCUCGCCAAGUACAAGCCCCAAGCCAUUGACCACUCGGUUCUGGCGUGGGUUAUGGACCACACAAAGCCCAAGAGGGACCUCGGCAAGCGAGACAUUACAUUCAAGAUCGAGGCAAUGGCUGUCACCGAGACAGAAGAGGGAAAACACACGCGAUUGAUGUGGGAGAAGAUGCACCGAACCAUCAAGAGAAACGAAAGGAGGAUCCAAAGAGAAGGGCGACAAAAAGCAAGAAAGGAGAUAGAGGAGGGAAGACUCAAGGAUGAGCUUUGA